CAUUAAUUUUGGCCCAAAAAGAGCUUUGUUCUGGACCUAGCGAAAUUACCAAAACCUGGUUCAACCGGUCGAACCAAAUCAGCCCACAAAAUCACGAACCGAUAGGUUUUUUUUAGUAAAACAAAUGCAAACGAAGUGACGAGUCAUUUCCAGAUAGUUGACUUUCUCAUAGAUCUUCCAGCAGACGAGGUGUUCGACGAAAUUCCUCUGAGAGCUCCCUAGAACUUGCUGAUAAUUCCUACCAUGAAACUUAGGCGAAUCCUCGGUUCUGUUUCUAGACUCGCUACAGAAAAGCUCUCUUCCUCUUCCCGUUGCCCAUCUAGACAGAUUUUCACCGCUUCGCAACGAAAUGCCGGAGGCGACCACUCAGAAGCUUUACCUGGGAAGCACAUCGAAUGGGCUUCGCUUGGUUCAGUCAGAAACUCGAGGUUCGCUUCUGGGUUCUCACCGUUGAAGCCGAAACCGUUGGAUUCGAUCAUGGAUUUGGAUAGAGCCAAGACUAAAUCUCCGGAGGAGCUCACUUCGAUCUGGGACGAUUAUCACUUGGGACGAGGGCAUAUUGGGAUUACUAUGAAAGCCCAGCUUUAUCGUUUGUUGGAGCAACGAGCAGCUGAGUGCCGAUACUUUGUGAUUCCGUUGUGGAGAGGAAAUGGUUAUAUUACAAUGUUUGCUCAAGUUGAAGCUCCUCACAUGAUUUUCACUGGUCUCGAAGACUACAAAGCGAGAGGAACUGAAGCUGCUCCUUACUUGACAAGCACCUUCUACACUGAGCUUUCAGAGACGAAAGACUUGGUGUUCAUCCGUGGUGAUGUUGUGUUCACAAGCAAACUCACAGACGAGGAGGCGAAAUGGCUCAUGGAGACAGCUCAGUCGUUUUACUUGAACGACACUCGGUACAAGUUGCUCGAGCGGUUCAAUAAACAUACUCAUGACUUUGAGUUCAAGGAUGUGUUGCAAGCUCUGGAUAUGCCUGUUCUGUGAUUUGAUUAAUCAGGACUAAAACUUCUCUGAGUUUUUGAGUUCUUGAGGUACAUUUGGUAUGAGAAUUGUUUUGGGAAUAUCGGAUUCGAGAGACUUUGCUCCUAAAUAAACGAUUUUUGAAGUGAACAAUACGGAAAUGUGAUGCUUCUUGUGUGGUGUAUUGUUCAGUUCAGUGUUAUUCGAUAUAUAAUUUAAAAAAAAAAUAUUUUAAAUUCCACUAGUUUAUGGAUUCUAGGAGAUUUGCAGUAAUUUUGAAGUGUUUUUAACUUACCGAGUUUUUAGUCAAAAGUACAAAAAGUCCAAAUAACAUAAUGUCGAUGAGAUCCUAAAAUGUUUUAAUUAAAAUUAUAAUUUCCCUCAUCUUUAAAAUGGAUACCUUCAAAUACUAUACUACUGAAUAGUGCAGGGAUAAAUUGGUUUUUGUUUUCCAAAUAGGUGGCGGUUCUUAAGUUUCACAUAAACUAAAACGACAUCGUUUUAUAGGAAUGUUCCAACAUAACCUAAGCUCUUCUUCUGCGCGGCUCUUCAUCUUCAAGCUUAACGAUUAACUCAGAGAAACUCUCAUCUCUCUACACUCUUCCAAAAACACAACCAUGUACGUUCUUCUCUUCUUCAUAGCUUUCCCGCCUCCUAGUUCCUUUUACAUCUACUACAGAGACGAGAUCUCAUGCUUAUAUCUUCUAUUCUCCUCGUAUCAAACUAAGUGUAUGUAUAUACUCAUCUCCUUCACUUUUCUCCCUCUCAGCUCUCUCCUCAACCACUCGCAAUGUCAGAGCACCAGUCCGAACAAUUCCAGCAAAUCGAGAAGCUCUACGAGUUCAGCGAGCGCCUCAAUGCCUCCAAGGACAAGUCUCAGGUUCCCCAUCCCUCAAUUUUCCUAUCUAGCGCCUCAAUACAUGCCUGCUAAGAAGACUGCAGAGGAAAUGAACUUCACAUACGUGGAGUGUUUGUUGUACGCGUUCCAUCACCUUGCCCGCAAGGUUCCAAAUGCAACAAACAGCUUGUGUGGGUAUAAGAUUGUGACCGGCCAGCCAUCAGACAGACUGGGAGAAGACUUCUCGGAGUUGAACAAGGACUUCACUGAAAGAUUGACCACCGUUGAGAUCUAACCAAGACAACAGUGAAGAAACUUACUCAGGGAAUGUCUGAGCACAACAAAGCCAUGUCGGCUGCUAAGACAGAUGAAGAGAAGGCAAACGUUAAAACAAAGAAGCAGAAUACUACAACUGGACUUAGGACAUGUAAUAACAUAUUGGCAAUGACAAAGCCAUUGCAUGCAAAAGUGCCUUCAUUUAUCGGAGAUACUAAUAUGAACCUUUCUUGGAAAGAAGCCACAAAGCCGUUAGCCUCAGCAGCAACAACAACAACAAUCGGAGGAAAACGGCCUGCUAAUAGCAACAAUGGAAGUGAUAACAGUGGCGCAGCAAAGAAGAGACGUGGUUCUAAUGGUAUGCCAAACCAACUUGUGAACAAGGCUUUUGAGGGAAUAUCAUCAUACGGUGGUGGUAGAGGUGGAAACCCAAGUCAGGGAAGACGCGGAGGUGGUGGUCGAAGAGGACGAGGUAGAGGAAGAGGUCACUGGUGAUUAGUAAGCUCCCAUGAGAUGAUUCCAUGACUAUGUUUCUCUUUUUUUUUGUAUUUUCUGUGUCAGUAGGAGUGUUUUGGUUUAGGGAGAAAGUCUAUGUGUCUUUCUUUAUUCGCGAUGGAGAAUACAGAAUUAGAAUUUCUUUUAUUUUUCUCAUCAAAUCAAAACAAAAGUUCAAGCGUUAA